AUGCCUGAGACGCAAGGUAGGACUCGUCCCAAGGGGUUGGCUGCGGGGGCUGUGCUGCACGCGGAGGGGGGACAGCAGGCGUCUGCUGGCGAGGGCGGAUGCAGAGUCUGGGGUCUUGAGGACGGGACUCCCAGCCUGGUAAAACGAGAAUGGAUAGCUCGGCCUCCGGUGGGACCUGCCCGCCUGGGUCCCGCCUCCAGAUCCCAAACCCGGGAGGCAGUGGACGUGGACCAACUGCCAAACGAGCUGCUCCAGGAGGUGCUGAGCUACCUGCCCCCAAGCACGCUGCUCCGGCAAUGCCGCCCGGUGUGCCGGCGCUGGCGAGACGUGGUGGACGGCUGGGACCUGUGGCGGAGCAUCCUGCCCUGGAAACACCCCGACCUGUGGCCCGUCAUCCGCACCUGCCUGCCCCCUGCUGACGACCCCGGGCCCUGCAUCCUGGGCCGCUUCUGCGAGCUCAGACCCAUAAGACGCAACCUCCGGAACUCUCAGAGCUCUCGUGGCCUGGGUGGGGAGCCCAGGAAAGGGGUCCUCAAGGAUGCGGAUGAGAGGGUCUUGAGAGGUUUAGCCUCAUGGGAAACCUAUGGGACUUCUCCGUGGGCUGGAGGGCUGGUCGGGAACUUGGUCACAAAUCUCUUUUUUUUUUUAACUUUUUUAUUUUGUAGGUAUAGCAGAUUAACAAUGUUGUGCUAGUUUCAGGGGAACAGCGAAGGGACUGUCAUACAUAUCCGUGUAUUCAUCCCCCACCCCUCCAAACCCCCUCCCAUCCAGGCUGCCACAUAUUGAGCAGAGUUCCAUACAAUCAGUCCUUGUUGGUUAUCCAUUUUAAAUAUAGCAGUGUAUACAUGCC